AUGGACUUUUUAUGCAAAUCAAAUUAUUCAAGAUCUAUUGUGAAAAUUAUAGAACUCCGUAGAAAGCAAGAUUUGACAAACAGCUGUAAAAAUAUAACCUCAAACAGUAAUAACUUGAAAAUAAAAACAAAAUCUAAAACAGUUAUAAAGAUGUCGCUAUCAAGACUAUUAAUUUUGAAAUCAUUUAUGAACAGCGAGAGACACUUACUUCUUAUUAAUAAAAGGUACGCACAAAAUGCAGUGAAUUUAUCGGAUCCGGCUAUUCAAACUUAUUUUAAGCAUUUAAUGCUUGAACAUGAGCAAUUGCAUUCAAAAGCUCGCCGGACUACGUAUGAAAUGGGAAGAUUGAACGAAAUAAAGCCAAUAAUUGAUGUUCUUAAACAGAGAAUUGCUCUGUACGACAGCAUCGAGUCACUCAAAGAACUCAACAAGAAAGAAGGCGAUACAGAGAUGAAAAAAAUGAUAAAAGAAGAAGCUGCGAUAUAUCUAAAACGUAUGACAGAGAUCGACGGUGAACUGCAGUCAAUUCUUUUCGAACCCUCUUAUUCUAACGGUGGCGUGUUAUUGGAAGUAACAGCAGGCGCUGGAGGUCAAGAAGCUAUGUUAUUCGCAAUGGAACUCUUUGAACUAUACAUGUCGCAUGCUAAGUACAAAGGCUGGGAAGUAGAUAUAGCUUCAUACGAAAAAACAGAGCUGGGUGGAGUAAGAAAAGCGUCAAUGCUGAUACAAGGUGUCGGAGUACCGGAGUUAAUGAGAAUGGAAGCUGGAGUUCAUAGAGUACAACGGAUCCCUACCACUGAGAAGGGCGGACGCAUUCACACUAGCACGGUGUCAGUUGCAGUACUACCACAGCCGACAGAAGUGGAGCUUAAUAUUCCUGACAGAGAUAUUUCAAUUGAAACAAAGAGAGCGAGUGGUGCGGGCGGCCAGCAUGUAAACACAACUGACAGUGCUGUACGCAUCACUCACACACCUACGGGCACAGUUGUCGAGUGUCAAGAAGGCAGGUCUCAGAUUAAAAAUAAACAAAUUGCUCUUCAAAAAUUACGAACAUUAUUAUUGGAGAAGCAAUUGCAAGAACAAAGUUCCAAAAUUAACAGUGAAAGAAAAUCCCAGGUUGGUUCCGGAAACAGAAAUGAAAAGAUAAGAACGUACAACUACCCUCAAGACAGGAUAACUGAGCACAGAGAAGGCGGAGGCACUUUCCAUAACCUCAAAGGAUUUAUGGAAGGCGGGGAACAAUUAGAACAGUUACAAGAGUCUCUCUUAAAGCAACAUCGCUACCAAAUUGUGAUAGAGGAGAUCAAUGAUUUUAUAAAAAAAUAUAAAGCUGAGAAAACCGGAAACAGCUAAUGGUUUGAGCAGUUUGUUAGAUUAGGUAAGUCCAUUGAAAUGUUAAGUUGGUCAUUGAUUACCAUUGUAGUUUUGAUGAUGAUGGGCAUUAGCAAUUUCUUUUUAUAUAUUUCUGACUAAAUCUAUCAGCUUAAAUGUAUGAAAGGAUUAAAACUCUUUUUUUUAUCUAUAAAUUUUACUUUUUGAGUUUAAAGUAAGGUACAUCUAUACUCUUAUGAAAUGCAGUGGGAUUUUACUAAGUGACAUUUUGGUUACCAAAGUACUGUGUUUAACCAUUCUGCUUUAGCUUUCCCAAGACAUCAGAUGUUGCUCAUUAUAUAUUCUGAAAUUAUAACUAUAAAUAAAUUGAUAGAAAUGAAAUAUCUAUUGACGGAAUUGCCCUUAUUUCAAAUUUAUGAUAUAGUAAGUAGUAUGAAUUGUAUGAUAUAUGUGUAAAUAAUAAAAAUCUUGAAACAAUA